CCAUUCCAAACCAAAUUAUUGGUUGCUCAUUCUUCCAACACCAACAACAACAAUCACUUGUUCAACUUCCAUAACCAUCCACGUCCAAAAUUAUUUUAUAAACUUUCUUGGAAGCCGGCAUUCACUUUCUUUCUUUCUUUCUUGUAUUUUAUUUAACCCACACUAUCUUCCUAACAAACCUUAAUUUAAUGCUUUCAUGAUGAUUGUCUCAUCUCCAUCUAGUUUUAAAGAAAAGAAUCAGUUUAUCAUAUGUUCUUUCCUCAAUCCAAUACCCGCGAAUUUGAAAGAUUUAAUGACGACGACCAUCAGUAUCAAACCGAUUCCUGCUGCUUGUUAUGGACCCAGAAAAACUCUCAUAAUCACAAUGACCAUGAAGAAACAAGAAUUUCACAAACAGAUUGCAAGUCAACCCCGUCGUCUUCUUCAGUUGCAGCAGCAGCAGCAGCAGGCUGAUCAUGUUCAAAACAAGAAACAUAGGGACUUUGGGCAGUUUGUAGCACGUGAGGCCGUACUUGAUGAAGAAUAUUGGACUGCAGCUUGGUUAAGAGCGGAAACUCACUGGGAAAAUAGGACAGAUGAUAGAUUUGCUGACAGCUACAAAAAGAAAUUUGCAGAGCAGGAGUUUAAUGCACUAAAACGCCAAUCAGAAACAAAACUCGGACAAAAGAGUGCCUGCAUUGUCACGGUUAAGAAAGAAAACGCGAAUGAGAGACAUAUUGUUUUAAAGAGUGUAGUCGGAACGCUUGAUGUCAGCAUUCGCCCUUUCUUACUCGGGGAGACCUUUCCAGGGGAGAAAGUCAAAGCACCUAUAUUUCACAGCACAGAUAGAAAAGAGCCGAAAAGCCAAUACGGUUACAUUGCAAACCUAUGUGUAGCGAAAUCCGCACGCAGACAGGGAAUUGCAAGGAACAUGUUACAUUUUUCCAUUGAUUUUGCUGUAUCAGAUGGUGCAGGACAAGUGUAUGUGCAUGUACAUAGGAACAACAUAGCUGCACAAGAAUUGUACGAAAAAAUAGGAUUUAAGGUGGUUGAAUUAGCCAGCCCUCAAUUGUCGCGUGAUAAAAUGUACUUACUUUGCUACAGACCUUGAAAAUAUAAAACUGUUUAUUGAUAUCAGUAUUAUUAUUAUUUUGUUCA